UAGAUCGGUUCAUAUGUUUGAAGAAAUCAUCACCUCCUGGUUAUUGGGUAAUUGAUUCUAAGCUGAAGCAAUCUUUUUAGGAUUCCAACAUUUUAUCUUGAUUCUGGGCAAUACUGUGUUGAUUCCUAGCAUGAUCGUAACUGAAAUGGGAGGUGGCAGUGUUGAAAAGGCUAAGGUUAUACAGUGUUUGAUGUUUGCCUCAGGAGUGAACACAUUACUGCAAUCGCUGUUCGGCACCAGAUUGUCAUCAGUAGUUGGCGGCUCAUACGCGUACUUGAUUCCCGCCAUGUCUAUCAUUGAAGUUAGAGGAAACGAAAUGUUGGAUGUUGAUCCUCAAGAGAGGUUUUUAGUGACAAUGAGAGGUAUACAAGGUGCUGUGAUCAUUGGUUCAUCUUUUCAAAUGAUCAUUGGUUUUCUAGGUGUAUGGAGAAACAUUGUCAGGUUUCUCAGUCCUCUUUCCAUGGUUCCACUUGUUACCUUCACUGGACUUGGCCUGUAUUAUCUCGGCUUUCCGAUUAUCGCGAAAUGUGCUGAAAUUGGGAUCCCAACAUUGAUUUUCAUGCUUAUUUUCACACAGUAUCUUCCAGCAUAUAUGAAGUUCAAAAAGCCCAUAUGCGACCGAUUUGCAGUUCUGAUUUCAGUUGCAAUUGCAUGGCUUUAUGCGGAAAUACUUACAUGGAGUGGUGCUUAUCGUAAAUCAAAGCGUUACAGUUGCCAAACUGAUCCCUCCGGCCUUAUUGGAGCAUCUGCUUGGGUCAACUUUCCUUUUCCAUUACAGUGGGGUGCUCCCAGUUUCAGGGCUGGAGAAGCAUUCGCAAUGUUAAUUGCCGCUGUUGUGGCUACUGUCGAGUCCACUGGAGCUUUUCUUGCAACAGCAAGAUAUGCAAGUGCAACACCAGUACCACCAUCGGUCAUCAGCCGCGGCAUUGGCUGGCUAGGAGUUGGGACUUUGCUGAAUGGCCUUUUCGGUUGCCUGACUGGCUCUACUGCAUCAGUGGAAAACGCCGGCCUGUUGGGAGUGACUAAAGUUGGAAGUAGAAGAGUUGUUCAAGUAUCAUCUUUUUUUAUGAUAACCUUCUCCAUUCUAGGGAAGGUGGGAGCAAUUUUCGCAUCAAUACCUUUGCCAAUCAUGGUGGCCUUAUACUGUUUCUUCUUCGGCUAUGUUGCUUCAGGAGGCUUGGGAUUUCUUCAAUCCUGUAAUCUAAACAGCUUCAGGACAAAAUUUAUAUUAGGAUUUUCGCUCUUCAUGGGACUUAGUCUGCCACAAUACUUCAGAGAGUAUCAGCUCUCUACUGGAACUGGUCCUGUUCAUACUAAAGCACUCUGGUUCAAUGACAUUGUUUCUGUGACAAUGUCAUCACAUGCUACCAUCGCUGCUGCGAUCGCUUUCAUCUUGGAUCGUACUCUUCCUCACCCCAACAAGGAAGAAAACGGAUCGCAUUUGUGGCAGAGAUUUGUUUUUUAUGAUAAUGAUGUCCGAAGUGAUGAGUUUUAUAAGCUGCCAUUCAAACUGAACAGAUUUUUCCCUCCUUUAUGAACUGUGAUCUGAUCCAUCGUCACUGCGAUCCUGACCUAAUCAGGCAAAUCGCGGCUGAAACGAAGUAAGGAGGUAGUACUGUUUGGCAUUGUAACUUAGAUAAACCAUUCAACAAGUAGCAAUUUUUACACUUCAUCAGCCAGUGCGAUAUCAAAACAAACAUUGUCGCUUUUUUUUUUUUUUUUUGGUGUGUGGGAUAUUCCAU